CCCGAAUCUUAAACAAUGUAUUUUAGUUGGCUGCGGUAAUCCUCUGCUGGACAUUUCGGCCAAUGUCGAAGAAGAUCUAUUGAAAAAAUACGAAUUGAAACCGAACGAUGCCAUUCUGGCCGAAGAGAAACACAUGCCUCUGUACAAGGAGCUGGUCGAAAAAUAUAAAGCCGAAUUUAUUGCCGGCGGUUCGGUACAGAAUUCGUUGCGUGUCUGCCAGUGGUUGUUGCAAAAACCCAAGGUGGCCACAUUCUUUGGCUGUGUUGGCAAUGAUGAUUAUGCCAAAAUUCUGGAAGAGAAUGCCACCAAGGAUGGCUUAAAUGUCCGUUAUCAAUAUACACAAGAUGCUCCGACGGGCACAUGUGCCGUUCUCGUAACGGGCACUCAUCGUUCGUUGUGUGCAAAUUUGGCAGCAGCAAAUAAUUUCACAUUGGAUCAUUUACAAAUAGCGGAAAAUAGAAAGCUAUUGGAGGCGGCUGAAUACUAUUAUAUAUCGGGCUUCUUCUUGACCGUUAGUCCGCCCAGCAUUAUGGAAGUUGCCCACCACGCCCACAAACACCAGCGUACCUUCAUGAUGAAUUUAAGCGCCCCCUUCCUAUCGCAAUUUUUCAAAGAACCCAUGAUGGCCGCCAUGCCCUAUGUCGAUAUACUGUUUGGCAACGAACAGGAAGUUGAAACUUUCGCCAACGAACAGGGUUGGGAGGAGACGAAAGACCUAAAGGUGAUCGGUCGCAAAUUGGUCGCCCUGCCCAAGGAGAAUAGCCAACGGGAACGUAUUGUGAUUAUAACUCAGGGCCAUUUGCCGGUGCUGCUCUUUAAGGAUGGCAAAAUUCACGAAUACGAAGUGCCGCAGUUGUCGCGCGAACAAAUGGUCGACACCAAUGGAGCGGGUGAUGCCUUUGUUGGUGGCUUCUUGGCCCAGUAUGUGCAAAAGAAGCCGUUCGAUGUGUGUAUACGUUGCGGUAUAUGGUCGGCGGGAGAGAUUAUUAAACGUAGCGGUUGUACGUUUGAGGGUAAGCCGACAUUUGUCGAGGAAUAA